GGAGCGCUCACCGUGUUUGCCCCGGGUUUCAGGGGGACGUGGCCCUGGCCCUUGAGGGGCCGCCCCGGCACCCCUGCCUCCAGCGCCCAUGCCUGAAGCGGAGCUGGGCCUCUUCCCAGCCACUGCUGGAUUUUGAAUCCAGUGAAAACAAAGUUUCCUAACUGAUCCUAUUUUCUGAUUUGUUUUGGCAACUGGGACACUCAAAACCCAACUUGCAGCUCCCUUUUGACUCUAGUAUUUGGCGUCUGUGUCUCUCUUAUUUCUGGCUUUCUUUCCCUCCUCAACUUUCUCAUCUACAUCUUGCUUUACAUUUACACAUAUCCAUAAGUUAUAUUAUAAUUUAUUCUGUGUUUCUCAAAACGGUCUCAUCUUUUUUUGAACAAGAUUCAGUACAAAUCCUUUUAAGGAAAACUUUUUCCUUAUUACUGUGUAAAGCCUUGGCGUCUAGUAGAUUAUAGAGCCUGUUUGAUUUACAGGUGUCAGUGAAUCACUUGCAUUUCUGGUGUUUCUUUCACCAAGUUACCUUAGAUAAAUAGAAACUUAACCGUCCUAUAUCUGAAAGUGUGAAGAUGUUAUUUUGUUUCAUUAUAUACUAUAUAUAGUACAGUUACUUGGCAGUUUGGUUAUUUACUGCCUACCCACAGCCUCUGCCCUAUUUUCCCAUUUAUUUCUGUCUCAGGUACGCAGACAAUCUUGCUGCUGGUAUCAUCAUUCUCAUUUAGUCCUGACAGUUUUUUUGCACCUGAUUUUGGAACUUUUCAUGAAUUAUUUUUAACAUUAUUCUUAGUCAUGUGUGUAUGUUUUUAUCAGUGUGGUGCUACUGAUUGUUUAGAACAGUGGUGUAUCCAAGCUGUGCAGCUCUCCUCCCGUUCACUAGGGUCUUCGGUCAAAGCGAGAGGUGACCCUGUGGGCCGGCCGGGCUGCUGUGGUCGGGCCUGGGGCGCACCCAGCCGCUUCAUCAGAGGCUGCCUGUGUGUCCUGGUGUGCACUGUGCGCAGCGAACCGGGUAGAGAUCAACAUGUAUUUUGUAUGGAAUACUGAUUCUCAUAAUUUUUUGAAGAUUAGACUUUGUAUAUUUGUCAGUAUAUAGAUGCCAUCGUUUCGAUUUUCAGAAGACUGUGUAGUCCUGUCAGCCGAUGAGACGCGAGGCUCUGUCCUGUAAUUCCGAGCAUAAGCUUAAGUCAUCACAGAAGGACAAGGUCCGCCAGUUCAUGGCAUUUACCCAGGCUGGUGAAAGAACUGCCAUCUACUGCCUAACGCAGAACGAGUGGAAACUAGACGUGGCCACGGACAGCUUCUUCCAAAACCCAGGCUUGUUCCACGAGGAACCCAUGAGAAACUCGGUGGACAGGAAGACGCUGGAGCAGCUGUACAGCAGGUACAAAGACCCACAAGAUGAAAAUAAAAUUGGAAUUGAUGGGAUUCAACAGUUUUGUGAUGAUUUAAGCCUAGAUCCUGCCAGUAUCAGCGUUUUGCUUAUAGCAUGGAAAUUCAGGGCAGCAACUCAGUGUGAAUUUAGCAAAAAGGAGUUCGUAGAUGGCAUGACAGAGCUCGGGUGCGACAGCACAGCGAGGUUGAAGGCCCUUCUGCCGAGACUGGAGCAGGAGCUGAAGGACACCGUGAAGUUCAAGGAUUUUUAUCAGUUUACUUUCACCUUUGCUAGGAACCCUGGGCAGAAAGGUUUAGACGUAGAAAUGGCUGUGGCAUAUUGGAAUCUAGUACUGUCAGGAAGGUUUAAAUUUUUAGACCUUUGGAACACCUUUUUGCUGGAACAUCACAAAAGGUCAAUCCCAAGGGACACGUGGAACCUCCUGCUAGAUUUUGGUAACAUGAUUGCAGAUGACAUGUCCAACUACGAUGAAGAAGAUGUCAUCCUUGGCCGGCGUGAGCCUGGAAUGGCCUUCUCACCCUGCUCACAGAACAUGGUGACCGAGCAUGGACCCAUGAGGAGCCACUCAGAAGACAGCAGUUCAGUGUCCAGAGUCAGGGCCCGGCUGCCACUUUGGGCGAUUCUGUGUGGUGCUUACCCUGUUCUGUGAGACGGGACCUAGAGCCUGCCUGUGGGACUGCAGAGCCUGCUGUGCAGUUCGCGGUCGGCCGGGAGAGCCAGCAGCCCCCACAGCCUCUGCCGAGUCCUGUAACCACCGCAGAACAUGUUUGUGUCCUCAGGAGGGUGCGUCUUAUACCAGGCAGAGCUGUUAAACAUGAGCCCUAAAAAUGAGCCUGUGGAUUACAACAUUCUUAAGCUUGGUGCCAGGAAUUCAAGAUGUAUAUUUUUGGAAUUAUGAGAUAAUCCAGAUUUGCCAGAUCUGGUUUUGUUUUAAUUUUCUCUGGAUGUUCAUCUGAAGAUCACUUACAGUCUUCACACACCAGUACAUCGUUUGCACAGGCAGCAUGAGCAGCUCGUGGUUCCAGGGAAGCUUUAUUUAAACUGCUUACAAGCCAGCAGGUCUAUUUUACGCCUAAUAAUAAUCUGCAUGAGAUUCCUAAGAAGUUUGAUAAAGUAUGCUUUCUAAAAGUGUAUUUUAUUACAUCUAAAAAGACAUUUUUCAAUGAAAAAAUAUUUAUUUUAUGAUGAUGAAUUACAGAUCUGCAAACCAGGUGAGUUAGGUCCUUUCAGCACUGUGAUAGCCAUGGCGUCCACCCACCCUCUGCACGGCCACACACAGGCAAAACGAAGCCAAGCCAGAGGCCUUCCUCGCGCGCAGGCUGUGGGUCUAGCAUCAUGAUGCCAUCUGUUAUUGCACCGUUUGCCUCGUCAGAGGGGAUCCUCGGCCUGGGGCAGGAGUGGGCACGUGCCGACCCAGGGGAAGGCCCAUGGGGCUGAGCCGAGAAGCUCCCGUGGGCAGUCGAGCAGCCCUCUGUGGACCCUACCUCAUAUUUGGGAGACCUUCAGGUCACAAGUGUGCCUGCUGCCCUGCUCGCCCAGUUUAUGACACACAUAAAUUUGAGUCAUCUCAGGGAGGGAGGGACUCACCUCCAAUUUCCUGUAAACAGAAAGUGUGCCUAAAUGUGCAGUUCGAUUGCCUUCCGAAAUUGCCAUUGCUGUUUUCAGAAGCGCUGUGCACUCUGAGGCUUGUGUGCACUUGCUGUGUGCGACCUGCUUGUGCUCCGGGGGCGGCUGGCAGUGUAGGCCUGGAAGGGGGCAGACAGGCUGGCGACCAAGGUCUCGGCCGGGUCUGCCUCUCACCCCUCCUCCCAGCCCUGCUGAGUCUGUCGACAAAAGGCAGACCGAGGCCAUGUCUACAUGUAAGUCUGGUUCCGAAAAGACAUUUAUUUUAUAUAAUAAAAGCCAGCUCUAAUAAAAACCUCAUUUUGAAGCA